AUGGCUCCUUUUCCCCGUGCCGAUUUGAUUGAUAUGGAUCACCCUUCCUCUGAUGUGGGUGACAGUCAGGAUCAGGACUCCCCCCUGCGCCGUCAAUUUUCAGAGCCAUUUCGGCCACAGUCUACCUCUACUCAAAUCUCUCAGUCUCCUGAGCCACUGGCUCAAAAAAUUAAAUGCGACUGGUGUGGAAAGCUACUUGAACUGCCCAAUGAUCACUCUAUCUCGGCCAAAGAUCUGCUUCACUCUCACAUUGCUUCAUCUCACCCCCGCUCCAAUUCCUUUGGAUACGAUGGAGCUGAUGAUGAGGAUGAGGAUGAGGAGGAGGAGGAGGAGGAGGAUGAAGAUGAUGUAGAUGCCGAUGAGGAUGUUGAUAUCAAUGGCGAUGCUGAUGUCGAUGGCGAAGGAGAUGUUGAUGAUGACCUCGAAAUCGAGGGCGAUGUCGAUGAUGAACUCGACCUUGAACAAGAAGAGGCAAUGAAUGAAGCACAAUUCGAAGAAGGCGAGGAACUCUAUCAAGCCGAAGAGGGUGAUGACGCCGAUCUUGGUGAUGACGCCGCCGCUGAUGAUGCCGAAGAACUCCUGGCAGACGAAGCCGAAGACCAGGGUUUUCAAGAUCCACAAUUGAAAACCGAAUCCGCUACACCCUUUGAGCAGGAUAUCGAUGCUCUCAAUGAACUCUCUCAAAAUGCCAGCAGUGCCAGCAAUAACCUUGGCCUACAAGCUCCAGAAGAACAACGCGACCUUAUGGACUGGCUCGCAAAUCCCCAGACUGGAUACCCCGAAGAAUAUCGCCGCCGUCUAGCUGAAUGGCAAGGAGAUGAUAUCAAAGAGCGCUUGCCCAGAAUUUGGAAAGUCAAUAAGGUCACCAAGUUCUCCACCGACUAUGAAAAGCAAAUGGAAAAAGCUGAGACCAGCUGGAAAUCCGCGUUCAAUGAUCCUUCGAAGAAAAUAGAUGGAUCUCAAUCAAUGUCGCGACCAACCCCAUACACCGAAACCGAGACCAGCACAGGCCAGUUUCUAGAACUUGGUUCAUUCGAUGAUCUACUCGCAAUGCUCAAAAGACCCAACUCUCUUACCCCCGAACAACUUUAUGCAGCCACUGAAGCUGCUGGGGUCGCGAUGAAAGCCUGGCAAGAUGAAUACUUGGCCCUUGAUAAGCUUUACAAUGCGGCGCACAGACACACCCGAGGUCCGGUUCCAAUUACCGCCAAGCGAGAGCAGAUGCUUGGUCACAAGAAGCGAACUAACCACCCGCUUGCACACGUUCCACAAGAUGAACGUGAUUUCGCGGAACGACACGAGGCGGCGCUAUAUGGAUACAAACACAACUAUAACCAUCGCAACACUCUCGAAUCAGUUUCUUGGAUCCCUCAGGACCCCUUCGUGCAAGGAGGAUUUGUUCCCACUGCUGCUCAAGCCCGAAAGAUGGCGACAAAGGUUACACCUGGAGAUCGGAACCCUGAUGGCUGGACUCCUAUCGUACAAAAUAGCGUGGAGUUCGUUCCGAAGAUGUAUCAACAGCGAGCAGAGCCAGUGCAAAAGAUCACUCGCAAACGCAAAGCCGUGGAGGUGGAAGCUGCCAAGUCCGACACUGAGGAUACCCAGUCUGAAAAGGGAGACGAGACUGAAGAUGAAACUCAACGUCUCGCAAAGCGCCGAACUCGAGGCCGUGGUGGUCGCCGUACCAAUUUCGAAGCCUACCAACCUCCCGAGCCCCCUACAUCUGCUCCUCGAGGUCGCGGUGGUGCUCGAUCUCGUGGACGUGGACGUGGCCGAGGUGGAAAUGCUGGUGGACGGACAGUCUCUUCUCGUGCCUCUCAAGAGGCCCCAGUUCAACCAGCUCUCACUCCGACUGCUACUCGUGGUCGUGGUCGACGGGGUGCGAGUAACAUCUCCACCCCGCAGGCGCGCCCGGUAGAGGAGGUUGUGAGUGCUAUGUCCCUACCAGAAAUAUCGCCAAUGCCAGAGCCAGCAUCGCCGCCCAGAUCGACACCAGUUCCGAAGCGGGAUGCAACGGUUGAGGAGAUUGAAGAGGCGCGGCGACUAAAGAUCGCCAACUCCAAGAACCCCAAGCGCACCAAGGCCAUGCUGGAUCAUUGGGAGCGGUUCAACCGCGAGGGUCGGAUUCGCAAUCCGAAGCGGUCAAAAGCGCAAAUCGAACAGGACCGACAAGUCGACGACAAAAAGCCGGAAGUGCCGCGCCCUACGGGCAGACGCCGAAAGUCUCCGUCGCUGGUGCCGAUUCCCAGCGGUAACUUGGCUCCGAAGGCGCCGACCGUGGCUCCUAUGCCCGGUCACUUGGCGCCUGGACCAACGUUGCCGCCUAUUGGGAUGCCGCAAUAUGCACCGCCAAAUCCGUUCGCCGCGCACCCGCAGCCCCCUAUGCCGCAUUACGCGGCGUAUCCCUACCAGUAUGGCAUGGGACACUUGCCGGGCCCGCCUCCAGGUCCGCACGACCAUCACUAUCGCGGUGUUUGA